AUGGGCACUGUGAACCGCAGUGGGAUUAAGAAAUCAAAUGACAGUGCCAGGGUUAUUUUCUAUACUGCGGUGGGAGUUCUCUUUGGAUUUGCCUUUGGUGUAUCAUUGCAGAAUGCUUUUCUAGGAAAGAGUAGGUUUUCACUUCCAUCUUUUGAUGUACACUUUGCCAUGCGUAGAACAACCAACACACACAAAAGUCUUGAGGAUGAAGGAUCAGAGGGUGUUCCUAAGAUAUAUGUUCCAACAAAUCCAGCUGGUGCUGAAACACUACCUCCAGGAAUUAUUGUUCCACAAACUGAUUUGUACAUGCGCAGAUUAUGGGGUGACCCAAGUGAGGAUCUAAAAAAGAAGCCAAAGUACUUGGUAACAUUUACCGUUGGUAUUAAUCAGAGGAAAAAUAUUGACGCAGCAGUUAAAAAGUUCUCCGAUGAUUUCACAAUCUUGCUUUUUCACUAUGAUGGCCGGACUAGCGAAUGGGACGAAUUUGAGUGGUCAAAGAAAGCCAUUCAUGUUAGUGCGAAGAGACAGGCAAAAUGGUGGUAUGCAAAAAGAUUUCUGCAUCCUGAUGUCGUGUCAGCUUAUGAUUAUAUAUUCAUUUGGGAUGAAGAUUUAGGAGUAGAACACUUCAAUGCGGAGAAGUAUAUUGAGGUGGUUAAGAAAUAUGGUUUGGAAAUUUCUCAACCUGGUCUGGAGCCAAAUAAUGGGUUGACAUGGGAGAUGACAAAGAGGAGAGGUGACAGAGAAGCCCACAAGGAUACAGAAGAGAAACCGGGCUGGUGUAGUGAUCCUCAUCUGCCCCCUUGUGCAGCGUUUGUGGAAAUAAUGGCUCCUGUCUUUUCUCGGGAAGCCUGGCGGUGUGUCUGGCACAUGAUUCAGAAUGAUUUGGUGCAUGGUUGGGGAUUGGAUUUUGCUCUCCGAAGAUGUGUAGAGCCUGCAAAUGAAAAGAUCGGCGUAGUUGAUUCACAAUGGAUUGUUCAUCAAGUGAUUCCUUCCCUUGGGAGCCAGGGACAAGCUGAGGAUGGAAAAGCUCCCUGGGAAUCGGUUAGAACAAGGUGCAAAAAUGAAUGGGCUGAAUUCCAGUCUCGCCUACUCACUGCAGACAAGGCUUACCUUGCUCAGAGAGGACGAGGCCUUGCAGAGAUGUCAAUGUCAUCUUAUUCUGGUUCUCUGAAUUCUAUUUGUUCUGUUUCUGUCAAAUCUGUAUCAUGGGAUGAUGAUGAUCAUGAUGUAGUCGAAGAUGUGGCCAACUCACUUGGAGAUGAUGCAGUAGAAGCAAGCCAAGCUGAAACGGGGAAUGAUUUCGUCCUUGUUAAAGCUGAGAUUGAGAACAAGGAACCUAAAGCUUCAAUUAAAGGUGUAGAAGAAGCAACAGUCCCAACUCAAGCUUCUCAAGCCCACUUCAUAGAUGUUGGUUGGAAUUUACACAAAAGGAUAAUUAACUUCUGUGUGAUUCCCAAUCACAAAGGUGCAACUAUAGGAAGGAUCUUAGAAACUUGUUUGUUGACUAUCUCGGUUGACAAUGCUAGUGCUAAUAAGGAGGCAAUAGAGUAUAUGCAAGAGAAAAUGAAGGAAUUGAAAAACCCUCCGGCAUUAGAUGGAAAGUACAUUCAUUGCAUGGAAAAGGAGAAAUUAGCAGGGAACAUAGAUAGGGAUGUUUUGAAAAUUCCAGCUUUCGAUCUUCCAACAAGAUGGAAUUCCACCUUUUUAAUGCUUAACAGUUCUUGGGAUGUGAAGCCAUCUUUUGAUAGGAUGGCUAGGGAGGAAAUGAAUAAGUACAAAAGUUAUUUUGAUGAAGAUGAAGAACCUGAGGAGGAAGAAGAUGCUGAAUAUGUUGUUGUGACACAAAAGGAAACAAGAAAAAGAGUUUGA